UGAGCAACGUGGUUGACUCCUUCCGUUCCUCCUCCGUUGCUGAGCCAAAGGAACGACCAGUCAGGACCCGACUGUCCUGACGACGCGACACGCGAUCGAUCAGGACCACGAGAUCGUCCUCGCCGGAGUACCAGCCUCGAGGACCUCCCAGCAUCGGACAGAGGAUACUACACGCUCGGUGAAGUUGGUGUCGGUGAAGAUCGAUCGUCGCGUGCUACCGUACCUCUUUCUCUUCGACCCAGCUUUUACCGGAACAGAAAGAUCCCGCCUAAAGGAUUUGUCGGAGUUCAGUGAUACGAAUGAUCCCGGGACGAGGAACAGUCGCGUGACACGCGUCGCGAUCUGUCCGCUCGAACACGUGGUCGCCACGAGGCGCACUCCUGAAAGGCCGAGUCCCGUCGCGGAGCCUCUUCAGGAUGUUCGAUCGGACGUUCCAUUCAGGAUACCGGUAGGAACACGAUCCUAGCGAGGAUCGAUGAACGAAGAGGAAGAAGAAGAAGUGCACGAGUGUGAGGAUAGUGUGCCGUUGUUGAAACCACAGUGAUUCUUACAGUUUCCCUCUUCGCUUUUCUUCCGUCUACUUCUUCCGCUUCUUUCUGUCUUUGACUGACUGACUCUUCUCUUUCUAUCCCUUGCGCGUGGUGAACUCGUAACGGUGGCACGUGGCGGAGAGAUUCAGAAAAAAUAAACGGAACGGAAAAACGAGUUUGACGAGAGAAAAAAGGAAGACACAGGUGGGAAAGUGAGAACCGUUCGACGCAAGUGCGACCAACAACCCCCGACUUCAAGGUCGUGGAAUGACGCAAAAGAUCUUCCCGUGCGACGAGCAGGAGCAAGGCCAAGGGUGACAGAGGCGGUGUGAUGAGCGGAUAUCUCGGUAACAUCACCCUGCCCCCAACGUUGUUGCACGACCCGAAGUAUCCUCCAGCCAUGCGGGAGAAGGACUCGAGUCCGAGAAAAAUGCCGGGCCACAUCAGCCCCAAACAGGCCAGCAUUUACCCGCUGAGCGUUCGCGUGCCGGACGUCGAAGAAUUACCGUACGACUUGAGCCACGGCCACGGUCGAGGCCUGUCGAGUCCCUCCAACCAGCAGCAACAUCAGCAACAACCCCACAUGAGUCCUGCGGCCAGGCCGCCACAGACCCACCAUCAGGACGAUCUCGACUGCGAGCCGUUGGAUCUGCGCGUGGAUCACAAGAAGGAGAGGCUCACGGACGAGAACCAAAACGAGAUAGAGGUCCUGAAUCAGAACAGUCUGGGUAACAGUAUUCCUUACCACACGGUGCUGUUCCCCCAACAUCAUGCCGUCCAUCCGUUGGUCCUCGAAGCCAUGUACCGAUCGCAUCACCAUAGCUCGACCGUUCCUGACCUGCCGAAGAUCCAAGUUCGAGCUCUGCCCACGAUGGUACCUCUACCACCGAACAGAUUCCCGUCCACCACCUCCUCCACGUCGCCCUCUUCGUCGCAAGCCAUCCCCAGAAUACCCAGCCCUUCCGCCGGCCAACAGCAUCCGCAGCAGCAACAGAGUCAUUCGAGCCAACAGCAACAGCAACAACAACCAGCCUCCAGUCUUCCACCGUACUCCAUCAGCGUCCAAGCUGGUCUCAAACCUAAAGACAGAUACUCGUGCAAAUUCUGUGGCAAGGUUUUCCCCAGAUCCGCCAAUUUGACCCGACAUUUGAGGACGCAUACCGGCGAACAACCUUAUAAGUGUAAAUACUGCGAGAGGAGCUUCAGCAUCUCCAGCAACCUGCAACGCCACGUCCGGAACAUCCACAACAAGGAGAAACCGUUCAAGUGUCCCUUGUGCGAACGGUGUUUCGGUCAGCAGACCAAUUUGGACAGACAUUUGAAGAAACACGACGCGGACGGUCCUACGAUACUGGACGAGGUUAGGUCCAGGUACCACGGUCAACUGCCGAGGGCGGACGAAUCCUAUUUCGAAGAGAUUCGCAGUUUCAUGGGCAAGAUCACCUCGCAGAGACAAGGGAUACCUUACUUCCCCGGGUUGCUGGGACACGGAGGAGACGAGUUCAGGAACGACAAACAGCAACUUCAGCUGGAGGAGAAGAGGGGCGACUCUUCUUACUUCAGCGACAGAGACAACCUGAGUUCGAGGUCGAGCAGCACCACCAGCAGACCAGAGAGUGUUCAAGAGGAACAGAGAGAAGUUAACUCUCCGCCUAUGUCGCCUGGGAAUAACACUUGAGUCGAGGAAAUCGAUGUUCCAGGGUUCUUUGGAGUUUCUAUGAAACGAAAUGCUCGUGAACGUGCUACCAUUUUUCUUUUUUUCCUCCUCCAACGGACAGAGUUAUUUUUAUACGGUAGAUCUUGUCGUUCUAUGCGAUUUUCGCAUCUUGAAACUAGGAUUUAGCGAAUUAGAAACCGGGUGCCUUAGUGUACGUGCCUAGAAUGUUCUCGAAGGAAAUUCGAUCGAAGAUCGGAUGGAGAACGAAACUCGAUUUAAGUGCCGAUAUUUUAGUUACUUUUAUACGUGAACGCGUUACCAUCGCCGUUUGUCGAUCGAUAAGUAAGGGAAAGAUACAGGGUGAUUCAAAACGAGGGUCUAAGAUCGGGCUGUUACGAAAGUUCGAAUCAUCCGAAUAAUUAUUUGAGUAUUCGAAUAUUGGAAUAGACGAAUUAUUCGAAAUUUUCGAGUACUCAAAUUCGAGAGAUUUUUUACUAUAAGACCCUUUCCUCCGACAUCUCCUAUAAUCCAGCUAUUAAUUCCGUGUGGUAGAUAAAUUCGCAGGCUGUCGAUAAUAAAUUUUUCACGAACGAAACUAUUUUAGCGAAGAACGUGUUAUUCAAUCGCGUUUGCUGCUGGAACGUAAGAUCGACAGGCGGUACGAGGAAAAGAAACGGGCGAGAAAAAAAACAUCGGAAGGAAAAGACCGAUCGAAUCCAGUCCGAUUCGUUCCAGCGGUAAAGAACCAUUGAAAACGAUGCUUCUCGAUUUUACGAUCUAGAAAGCGAAUUUCAACCACUCCAUCGCCUCGGAGAUAAUCCGCAGCGCCGAUCGGCGAACCGCCAAUGAUGGAUAAUAAAAUAGAAAUCGGUGGGCGGAUCUGUGCGGCUGUCGAUCGACGGUCAAUAGGUCCAGGAAUUGUCCUCGGACAAGGGGAACAGGAAAUUCGACGGUUCAGACACGAAUCAUUAAGUUCUUCAUUGAGGAAACCGACAACGCGCCUUGAGAGUUCGGGGCCAUUUUCACGGGCUAUGAAAUAGCGAAGGAGAUAUCGUUUCUAUUUAUUUGUACUCCGAUGUUGAGACGAUCGAAAUCGACCGACACGUUUCGAACGGUAAAUGGUGCUUGACACCUUGAAAAAGUGGCACAAGGAGCUCCGCGAUGUAACCUAAGGUGUCUAGAGCAAUUUUCACGGAUCGGCAAUUAGAUUUUCUAAAAUUGAAAGGCACAGCUGACGGAAGAUGGAAAAAUGUAGAAAUGAAAGUACAGAAUCGAGGAAAACGAAUGUAAAUGGUAGCGAGUACAUGGGAAACGCGUUGCACGCAGAAUCAAUAAUGCUUGACACGGAAAAGUGGCGUGUUUCCUGCCGAUGAUGAUUAGCAAAAAGAAGCGAACGAAAGGCGUCAUCAGCAAGAUCCCACACGUCGACGAUAUACCCUUCUCAUUUCCUGCGGACGAUCGCUGAAAACUCUACCCGGGGCGAAACGAUCUAAUCGCCUUCCGCUCUUGCGAAUUCACCGGUACUUUCUAAUCGGUAAGCUACUAACUAACAUCGACGCGAACGAGAGUUACUUCGACCUUGAACGUAAGUGGCUCACUUCGAUUAAUUAUACCCGAUCUAGAUCGUAUCGACAGGAACAUCGAUCGAUGGUUCGAACGGCUCGAAAAUUGAUACUGGAUGAUUACGUGCUCUAUGAACAGCUACAUACCCCAAGGUUUCAAAGUUCCAAGGUAGAAAAUAGUCUACGAAAUUUAGAAAUAGAACUACGCAACCGAUGCUCGAUGACAUUGACCAACAAAAGUGAAACUUAUAUCGAUACUUCAAAAUACACUACCGGGUGAUUACGUAGCCUCGGAAUAGUCGUGCGAAGUAUUCAGAACGAAGAAGACAGUCAGCAAAAUUCGAGAAGACGUUGUUAUCCGAUGCUAUUCGAUGAAAUUGAUCAGGGAAAGUGAAAUCGUUGUACCAAAGAAUGAACUUGUCUAUAUCGAAUUAAAUAAAGUUAUUUUUUAAAAGAUCUUUAUCAGACACCGUGCGAAAAAAUGGCCAAUCAAAAGUUGUCUAUGGGUAAAGAAUGUAGGAGAUCAAGGAGCGUAACGAAACCUAUCCUAUCGUACAGCGACGUCGCGAUAUUAGGUGGCAAUUUAUCGGUACUUUCUACCUUGUACAUUCACUGCAAGUAGCGCAGGUGCACGCGGACGCUGUUUGCGCCCAGGCCACGAGGGAGAUCCUCUUGACCUUGGUAAACGCGUUCAACCAUCGGUGGUUAGGGCUGGCCGUCUUCGUUCCCAAGGAGUCCCAUUCAACGAUGAUCCACGCGUGAGAAACGGUUUGCGCUUUCUAGCCUGGAAUGCUCCGAUAAAUUAUACGGGAACCCGAUCUCAAACUUCGGAAUCGUAGAAAGCUGGAAAUUUCGUUAUUUCGGAAUUUAAGAAUUCGUGCAUUUGUACUUUCUGAAACUGCUGAAAGGAGAUACUACUUGUACUACUACUUGUACUCAUACUACUUGUUUGUGUACCAAAAUACAACUUUGAUAACUACAACCAGAAUAACUACAACUGAUAAAUACAACUAGAUAACCCUCUACAGUGUACGAGGAAAAUACUCCAUAAUGUGAAAGAAAAAGAGCAACGCAAGAUCCGUAAUGCGAUUCCCGAUACAAUGUUUCAAAUCAGCCGAUCGAUCUACGGUAUCUCGUCCGUCGUUGCAAUGAAAGGAGUGAAACACACCCGGAUAAUGGAGACGAAACAUUCAAAUUUAUUUCAUACAGUCGACCGCAACCGCAUAAACGAAAGGAAACCGCGACAAGAAGCUGCGCAGACGGUUGGUCAUCGAUUCGAGGUGCAUCAACAUGUGCAUCGCCGAUCAGUGGAAUCAAUCGGUCCACGAAAUCCAUUUUAAGAGAGUUAACCGAUUUCGUAAGGAGAUCGAUGCAGCAACGAGGACGUGGCGAGGUGUGACUAAGCUCUCCACGGCGAUAUAUAGAUCGGAUACAUCUCCUCUCUCUUCUCGUUUGUGGCGGCCAACUUGUGCUCGAACAGAGACCCUGGUUCUCUUGCCACACGCAUAUAUACACGCGAUCCCGGUCGACGAGAUGGCCUCGGACCUCUGUUGCGUUACACUUUUGCCACGCCCCGAUCGGACGGGCAAGCUCAUCGCGAAAGUGAAACGCAAUAAAGGAGCCAAGCCGAGAGAGCCUCGGUACAACCAUGAAACCGAGCCUAACGGAUCCGAUUGUGUACCUUGCUUCGACACGGAGGAAACGUUCGAGUAAUAAAUUUAGAGCUACCGAAAUUCUAUUUACUUUCUAAACCGAUAUCGCGUGGUUAUCUGAACGCGAUAUGGAUCGGCAUUGAUGGAGCCUCGAUAAAAGUUUAAAAAACUCCAGCUCGAAUCGUUUCGGUACAAAGACGAAAUUUCUCUGAGGGACGAUUCUAUCCGCGAUUUCGCGGCACGUCCGCACGCCGUUUUUCGAUCUCAUCUCGUUCCAGUUUGCACGCGUGAUUUCACUGGUCGCUGGUGGACAGCUCGAAAACAAUUCCAAUUGCGACAGCCUGCUACGAAAACCGAGAGACCAAAAAGAUCUUACAAGACCAAGUGGUGCUCUGUUCUUACCUUUCUUCGACUAUAACUAACACGUUGACUGCUUUUGAAUAGUAGACACAUUGUCAUAAUAAUCAACCCUUAAUUGACUCAACACCUUAGCAGAAUAAAAUGAGUUCAGACAGUAUUUAAUUUGACGUGAAAUAGAAUCUACAUCGUUGGUAAGGUGUUUGACUGUUUUAUGGCAAUCAACGUGUUAAUUUUUCUGCCACACGAAUCACUUUGUAUAGAUUUGGCGAUAGCGUUACGAGAAAUAUUAGAGAUGUACAGUCUGUUCCAGGUUUUGCCUCUUCCUAAUUCUACCGAUAUCUUUUAUGAACAGCAACGGGCAAAAAAUGCAAUAAAAAUGUAGGUUUAGUGCUUCCUGUUAAGAAUUUCAACAUUUUUUGUUUUAGAGAAUACCGGUAGUGUGUACGGCGGAAAAAACUUGGAACAUCUUGUAUAAUAUACACAGGUGUACCUAUAGCUGGUAGAAUUCGAAACGAGGCUCAAUUUAGUUAGUCGAAGUUGUCGCGGAUGUAUUAGUUUCUCAUGCAUCGACGAGUUCCGUGAACUGUAUUUUGUAAUAAAUUUAACAGUGGCAGAUUUUCACUGAGGAGAGACAAAUUAUUUUUGGUCAAAAACACUUUGUUAGAAUUUUGUCUUAAUCUGGAAUGAAGUCAAAAUCCACCACUGGUAGAAGGUGUCGAACUCGUCGAAGCGCAAAACGCGAAAGGCAGCUAAUCCCGCGAAUACAGCGUGUAAUUUCAACGAGAAAGAAUCUCAUCUUACGCGGUCUCGUUUGUCGUGCAGCGCAUGUACACGAACGGCUCGAAGAGGACACGUUUUAAUCCUUAAAACACUGUGAGAACGUGCUUAUAAAUUCGCCACGUUUAUAUUUACCGUUAGAAAAGUGAUAAUUACACGGUUUACCUUGACAUGACAUAAUUGACAAUAAUUUCAAACAUCUGAAUUGAAUUCUAACAGAGAAUGUACCUCGAGAAAAAAUGUAUAUCCAAAAGAAAAAUCUAUCAUUGAAUAUUUAGCGAGUUAAAAGUUAAUUGAAAUGGAGGUGAGGUUCGCGUGGGUCUCACCCUCUUGCAAUGAAUAGUCAGCCGCGCGCGCGAGGUGUACCAAGAGGAUUGUAUAAAGUACAUUUAAUUUUUAUACAUAGUAUAUACGUACACGAACACACACGGAGAAACAUAGAGAUCUAUAUGCAGAUGAAUAUUAAAAAUACAGAUAAUAUAUAUAUACAUGUAUGUAUUGUAAACCUUACCACGAUUGUGAUUUCACCGAGGUUACCGAGUUAAUACGUAUUGUGUUUACUGUUUAGCCACGAACGCGGCGAAGCUACGAUGCGCUCGUUACCUUUCUUUUUUUCGUAAAACUGCUAGCGAAUAAGUAUGCGCCCGUGAUCAAGCUCAGUUCGACCCCGUAGGGUUCUUUCUUAUUUUCAUUCAUUUUUUUUUUCUUUUUAUCUUUUACAUAGUCAAAUUCCAAGUGGGCCAAGUGCCUCGUGAUCGUAUCGAAGGGACCGUCGAUCGUCGUCGCUACGAGAUCAACAUUUUUUAUCGAGAAGACGUAUUGUUUUCUUUUUUCCUUUUUCUUUACACGUUCAUCGCAAGAUCUCGUCGCGAGGACGAAAUUCGUUCGUCGAGAGGCAGGAUUCUUGAUCGCGAACGAUUCCCUCUCCUAUUUUUGUAUUUACAGGUAAAUCCACUCUGUUUAGCCCCCGUAGUCGCGCGUCCUGUAGAAUAGUGGUGACUGUAUAUAUGUUCAUA